AGAGACCUUGACAAAAACGUCAUUUGUUUGGAUGGAAACAACAUAGAACGUUUUGUAAAAAAAAUGACGAACGAAACACCGACAACUGAGGGGCAAUCAGGAGAAGAAGAACCCGUAGAAGAGGUAGAGGUUUUGCUUCCGAACACUACGAUUGUAACUCACUGUGUAUUGAAAAAUGAUGUAGAGAGACUUACAAAAAGUUUUGAGAGCGACGAGGAUCCCUAUAAAGAGACAGUUGCCGAGCUGAUAAACCAGCGUGAUGAAGAUGGGAAGACACCCCUCGAUAUUGCAGCUACGUUAGGACGCGUAGAUAUUGCUAAAGAACUUAUUGCACGAGGAGCUGAUGUGAAUUCUGUAACAACAAAAGGCUAUUGUGCCCUUCAUCAUGCCAGUGCGUGGGGACGUAUUGGUGUACUUAAAGUUCUCAUCGAAGCCCAGGCUGGGCUACAGCAGAGAAACACAAAUAAUGAACGGCCGAGGGAGACUGCGCUAAGAUACCACCAAACAGAGUGUGUGGAUUACCUAGAUUGGGCAGAAGCUAAAGUGGCUCUACAGGAUGCUAUCCGCACUGCACAGGAAACACUUGCAGACCCUGAGAAGGUGCAAGGCAGACUCAAUAAAGAUGACAAGAACCUGACCCUGAACACAUGUAAGGAGAAAACAGAGUGGGUUGAUAGUACGACUGAUGCUACCACACAGGACUUCCUCAUACAGAAACAGGCUUUUGACGAAAUUCUAGCCCCCAUCUACCAGAAACUGUCGGAGCCAGUGGAAACACCACAGAGAGGCCAGAAAAAAAGUAGAUAGGCAUCUAAAAUAGUGGACAUUGAGGUGUGUAUCCAGUGAUCUGAUGUUUAACAACGGAAAAGUAUCACAGCACAGUCAAGAUGUUGGACAGGGUUGGAUGGAAAUGGCACUCAAACCCUGAGAAUACUUUGGAUACAUUGAGAAUUAAGUGUGUUGAUGUAUAUAACCCCAGACAAACUUUAGUCAAAACAGCAAAUAAACCGUCCAUAUUUAUUGAUUUCAAUUUCACAUACUUCAAAACAUUGUACUUGUAUUUGCCACAUAUUUCUACAAAAUGUUUUAUUUUUAUCAAAUAAAAUGUCUCUCAAAUGUA